AUGCUGGACAUUAAUCUCUAUGAUAUUGAUCAGUUGUUAAGUUACAGCGAUGGUAGUUUGAUGGAAAGUGAUAAAGUGGAAAUAGAAGAAAUGACAAAAGUGAAAAAGAUAAAAAAUACAAAAAAGAUAGAUAAUGAAAGCAUGAACAAUGUUUUUAAAGUUCGUGGAGAUAAUAGUGGAAAUCAUCAGAACAGUAUAAAGGCUAAUGAAAGGAAAAAUGAUUUGAAAGAAAUUGAAUUAAAUGACAAAAAAGAUUUUGAGGAUGACAAUGAAAAUGAUUUUUAUAUUAAUCCUUUUGAGUGUACAUAUUCAUUUGAUAAGGAUUACAUUGCUAAUUUAGGGAGUGGUUUUGAAUACGAAAUCGAUAAAUCGUGCAUGUCAUUUAAUUGCGCAGAGUCUAAUGCAGUUUCUUAUUUUCAAAUGAAUAUGGAAUAUCAUAUUAAUAAUUUACUUUAUGAUGAUGUUUAUGAAAAUAUUAAUGACAAUAAUAUAAAGAAUGAUGAUGAUAAUGAUAAUGAUAAUGAUAAAGAGAAAAUUGAUUAUAGAGAUAUUUAUAGCAAUUAUGAGAAUAGUUACAGCAAUUCUGACGAUAGAUUGAAUUAUGAUUUUGGUUUUGAUUUUAAUUUUAAAUAUGAAAAGCCUAUUGAGGACAUUUUAAAUGAGUGCAAAGAAUACGAAGAAAGCAAUUUUACACAAUGUGAAAAUGUGUAUGGAAAUGAGCGUGAAAAUGAAUAUAUGAAGAGAAUUUACAAGAUACAUUUAGAAUUAAAAAAAAACAAUUGUGAAUUUUAUAGAAGAACAGGCUCUAAAAGAAGAUAUAAUGUUAUAGGGAUAAAAUUGAACAAUGAUACUGAUACUGAUAAUGAUUUCAGUUUUAAACUGGAGGUUAUUAAUUACAAAAAGCAAAUGUCAUGUUUGAAUCCUGGAUAUGAAAAUAAACCAGCAGUUACGCUUAAUAAGUUUCUUGAGUAUUGUGAGUAUAGAGAAAUGGGUGAGAAGGUGAAAAAGAAGAUUAUUCAUACAUUAGAUCUUGAAGGUGUUGCGAAAAAUAUAAAUCAAAAUCAGAAUCAGAAUCAGAAUGAUAAUUUUUUACCGAAUUUUGGAAAAAAAUUGGUAAAAAGAAUUAAGAUUAAGAGAAGAUUUACCAUUGAAUUUUUCAAGGAAAAACAAGCUGAUGAAAAUGAAAUAGGCAAUUUAAGUUUGGGUGAUCAUGAAAAUGUAAGAAUAGAUAACAGACAGUUGAUUUGA